GAAGAGGAAGAGGAGUGAUGUUUGGGAGGAGGAGCAGCCGUCCUGCUGUGCUUGGUGUCAGGACGUCCUGAAGGAUCCGGUCUCUACCAGCUGUGGACACGGGUUCUGCAGACAGUGCAUCACCUCAUACUGGGACCAGGCUGCUUCAUCAGGAGACUCCUGCUGUCCCCAGUGUGGAGACAGAUCCAGAACAAUGUACGCUGUUAAACAUGAACAUAAGAUCAGAGUGAAGAGGACAUAUGAACGUGUGACUGAAGGAGCUGAACAAACAGGAAGUGGAACCCUCCUCAGCAGGGUCUACACUGCGGUCUACAUCACAGACAGACUGAGAGAGGAGGUUAAUACCCAACAUGAGGUGAGGCAGCUGGAGACAUCUUCCAAGAUGGAGACCCUCCAUGACUCUCCAAUCCAGUGCAGCGAGAUCUUUAAAGCCUCACCUGGCCAACAGAAACCCAUCAGAGUCGUUCUGAUGAUCGGCGUCGCUGGCGUUGGAAAAACCUUCUCAGUGCAGAAGUUCUGUCUGGACUGGGCCGAGGGGUUGGAGAACCAAGAUGUCGAUCUGGUGAUUCCUCUUUCCUUCAGGGAGCUGAACCUGAUCAGAGAUGAGCAGUACAGUCUUCUGGAGCUGCUCCGUGUUUUCCAUCCAACAUUACAGGAGGUCCCAGCAGACCAGCUCGCUGCCUCCAGACUUCUCUUCAUCUUUGACGGCCUGGAUGAAAGCAGACUUUCACUGGAUUUCAACAACGAUGAGGCUGUUCCUGAUGUCACACACAAGUCCUCAGUCAACCUGCUGUUGACAAACCUCAUCCAGGGGAAGCUGCUUCCCUCGGCUCUCGUCUGGAUAACUUCCCGACCUGCAGCAGCCAAUCAGAUCCCUCCUGCAUGUGUUGACAGGGUAACAGAAGUACGAGGCUUCACUGACCCCCAGAAGGACGAGUACUUCAGGAAGAGAGUCAGUGAUGAAGCGCUGUCCAGCAGAAUCAUCUCCCACAUCAAGACCUCCAGGAGCCUCCACAUCAUGUGUCUGAUCCCAGUCUUCUGCUGGAUCACUGCUACAGUUCUGGACCACAUGUUGACUACAGACCAGAGAGGAGAGCUGCCCAAGACCCUGACUGAGUACUCCCACUUCCUGCUGGUUCAGACAAAGAGGAAGAAGCUCAAGUAUGCUGAGGGACAUGAGACGAGUCCACAGGAGCUGAUGGAGGCUGGGGAAGUUCUUCUGAAGCUGGGGAGGCUGGCGUUUGAACAGCUGGAGAAAGGAAACAUCAUGUUCUACCAAGAAGACCUGGAUCGCUGUGCUGGAUUCACAGAGGCCUCGCUGUACUCAGGAGUCUGUUCACAGAUCUUCAAAAGAGAGAGUGUGGUCUUCCAGAAAACAGUCUUGCUCGUUCAUCUGAGCGUUCAGGAGUUUCUGGCUGCAGUCUACCUGUUCCACUGUUACACCAACAGAAACACACAGGUCCUCAAGGACUUCCUGGAAAAGAUUUCAAGCACAGGGACUCAAACUCAAAGCUUUUCUCAGAAGAUUUCUAAGUCUUUUGGAAAGAAAGAUAGCCGUGGUGACAGAGAACAUGACCAUUACCCAUCCCUGGAUGUCUUCCUGAAGAGAACCAGAGAAUCCCUGAGGAGUAAAAAUGGCCACCUGGACCUGUCUGUCCGCUUCCUUCAUGGCCUCUCUCUGAGUCCAACCAGAGACCUCUUAGGAGGCCUGCUGGGUCAGACAGACACAGACCACACAUCACCAGAGAGCCUCAACAACCUGAAGGAGAUGAACAGUGAUCAGAUCUCUCCUGACAGAAGCAACAUCUUCCACUGUCUGACGGAGAUGAAGGACCACUCAGUCGAUCAGGAGAUCCAAAAGUUCCUGAAGUCAAAGAACAGAUCAGGGGAGAAACUCUCUGUGAUCCACUGCUCAGCUCUGGCCUACAUGCUGCAGAUGUCAGAGGAGGUUCUGGAAGAGUUGGACCUGAAGAAUUACAACACAUCAGACCAGGGACGACAGAGACUGAUUCCAGCUGUGAGGAACUGCAGAAAGGCUCGAUUGGAGUACGCAGUUUGUCAAGAUCAGCUGUGCUGCUCUGGCCUCAGCUCUGAAGUCCAACCCCUCCCAUCUGAGAGUCCGGGACCUGACCUGGAACAACCUGAAGGAUUCAGGAGUGAAGCAGCUGUGUGCUGGACUGGAGAGUCC